UUCAUCAGUUCUUUUGCAGAACGAGCCAGCGCGCACCCUCAAUCAACAUGAAGAAGUUCGUUCCUUUGGCCACAUUGUUUGCUGCGGUUAUGGCUGCCGCUGAUCCAUCCUAUUCCAAUCCGCCAUACCCAGCUUUGAAUGCUUAUCCAUCUGUAGCUCCAGCUUAUCCAGUCCCGAUUCCACCUUAUCCAGUACCAGUUCCAUCUUAUCCUAUUCCGGCUUAUCCUGCACCGGUGCCUGUCCGCUCAAAGCCGGCCUACGAACAGCCAGCUUACAGCGAACCUGCUGAAGAAAAUCACCCACCGAUGCCAUUCAAUUUCGCCUACGAAGUUAAGGAUGAUGCUAGUUACCAAGACUUUUCACACAAGGAGGUCAGCGACGGCAAAGUCGUCACUGGAUCUUACCAUGUCGCUCUUCCCGACGGUCGCACCCAAAUUGUUACUUACAAAGCUGACGAAAAUGGAUACGUUGCUGAUGUGAAAUACGAGGGAGAAGCCAAGUACGACGAGUACAAACCCGCCCCAGCCUACCCCAAGCCCGCUUACCCAGCUGAGCCCGCCUAUCCCAAAUCAACUUAUCCAGCGCCAUCAUACCCAGCGCCAGCUUACUCAGCGCCAGCUUACCCAGCGCAAUCAUACUCCAUGCCAGCUUAACCAGCCGAGUCCGCAUAUCCAAGCACUUACCCCAAUCCCGUGUACUCUGAACCCUCUUACCCUAAGUCAGCCUAUUAGAAUCCUUACGCCCCACGAUUAAGCAGAAGUCCAUUUCUUUUUAUCAAAUGGAUCAUGUAACAUAAUGAAAUAUCUCGAAAACAAAUAAAUAUAGCUGUCGAUUUAGAAAAGAA